AUGCAGCCUUCACCAUCUCCUUCCGGUCAAUCAUUUCAACAACCUCAUAAACAACAGUUACAAAAUUCUUCUACGUUUGAACCAAUUUCUUUUAAUGCAAUAAAAAGAUUACAAAAAGAAUUAGAAGAAUUAAAUACAAUGAAUUUAAUAACAACUAAUAUUCAGCUUCAUAAUAACCUUAGUUUACGGAUAACUGUAGUUCGAAAAGAAAUGAAAGAAGAAGAAGAACGACUUAAAAAACUCAAAAGGUAUGCACAUAACAAACAAAAAUCUGAAAUGAAAAAACUUUGGGCACUUGAAGAUGAUAAUCGUGGUGAAGAGGUCAAACCUCUGUGGGUUAUUCUUGUAGACGGAGGUCCUGAUGAAAACCCCCAUCAUUUAAAAAACAUUAAUCAGUAUUGUAAGCUAUUUCGUUAUUUAGAUUUGGAUUAUAUGACAAUUAGAACAUACACACCUGGUCAGUCAUCGUAUAAUCCCGUAAAGAGAAGUAUGGUGACGCUUUCAGGAAAGCUUGCUGGAGUUAUACUAAAAAUUAAUCAUUUUGGAGAAUAUCUAAACUCACAAGGAGAAGUAUGUGAUUAUGAAUUGGGUCUUCUUAACUUUCAUUAUGCUGCUGAGGAUCAUUCAAGACGGUGCUGUAAAAAAUGUAGAAAAUACUUCCCUACAACUACUAUGCUUGUAAGACAUAAAAAAACUAUUCAACCCAAUUUAAGAAAUCGGUGUUGA